AUGAGGCGCGCGCAUCGGCAUUCCAGCGGACAUGGAAUGGGCGGCGUCAUGAGCAGCAUCAGCGCGACAGUCGUCUCGGCAGUAGAUUUAGGCGACGCGGAGGCACAAAAAGUAUCGAGCGCGGAUCACAGUGGCGGCAACGACACGAGCAACUGCAACGAUGCGGGGAAGCAAGUGACGGUGCUAGAGCGUUUGUGGAGACCAGUGGAGUGCGUCCUUACGGACAUCUGCUACACAAUUGAGGAUCGUUUCAUUAUUCCACAGAUCAUCACUGCGGUGCCGGCGCUCAUCGAGGAAGAGUUUACCGAUCGGCAGGGUUUUUUAAUGCUUGUGGGAUAUUUCAUCUCGAUCUUAACCCUCAUGGUGUUUGCCGCGUACUCCCGCCGCCUGAGCAACCUGAUGAGUGGGGCGUCGCCUGUGAUGGGUGAGAUUAUGUUCUGCGUGUCGCACCUCUCCCAAGUGACUCAAGAGCAACUAGGUUGGAGUCUGUUCUCCAGUGGUUUCCUGUCACCUAGCACCUUUGAGUGGACAGCGACGGAGGGCGGCGUCAGCGGCGGUGUGGCGAUAUUAAGCGGGGCAGGCAGUCAAGGCUCCAGGCGGCAGAUGCUCGGGGCCAAUGGCGGUGGCGGAUUGGGCGCCAAUGGCGCAUCAGCUGGUGGGUCGCAGGGUUCGAUUGGGGUGGGGGGUGGCAGUGCCGGGGGCAUCGCGGGCUGUCCGUACACGGGUGGGAACCUGGUGCGGUACUUGUUGGGGCGCAAGUCGAACAACAUGAUUCGCCAAGAAUUGUUGCGAUCUUACCUGUACUCCAGCUUUUACUCGCCGUCGGCGUUCUUGGUGGAGCAGACGGUGUGGUUUGUCGUAUUGGCGGCGACGAUGGAUUUGGUCUCCAUGCAGCGGCUGGCCGUGGCAGCCUUCUUCGCAAACGUUGUGGGGUGGCUGCCGGUGUACUCUGUGAAGCCGUUGACAGGGCUGGGGGUGACUCUGGUGGUGGUGUUCAUGUAUUGGAUUCCGUCGUCGGAGGUGGAUGACGUUCUUCUCUCCGUCACAUUUUUGCACCGCCCCAUGCACCGCGUGUUGUCGGCCUACUGCGCCUCCCUCUGCAUCACUCUCUUGUUUGCCGAGACGCUCCUGCUGGAUGACGUGCGACGGGUGGUUGUUCAUGCUGUCUUUACGCUGCCGCAGCGGCUGCUACGCGUUGGCGGACAUCACCCGGUCGUUACAAAGGUCGUGCAUGGGUGCAUGUGGCUGCGGUGCGAGUACUUUUAUUUUGUCGACUUUUACUUUUUCUUGGGGAUGAUGUGCUGGUUGUCACUCGUCUUGAUGGAGACGGCGGCGGGCAUCUCGGUUUUCGGCACUGCGGCAUUGUUAAUUGCGGUUCCGUGGCUGGUCGGCAGCGGGUGGAGGGAGACGCCGAAGCAGGCGUUCAAGGACACGAUUAUUUAUAUUGUUUUUUACGUGGUGGUGGCGCUUCUGCUUGCCCACGUCGUGCCGUGGAGCGGGCUGGCGUUCCUGUCUAACGCCGUGCAGUCAGGUACAGUGCUGUAUCUCAUGGCGGCGCGCUGCGAGUACAAGCAGCCCGGCGGGAGCGCGUACGUUCUACUCUGGAUGGCAAUGAUGUGCGUCUACCUGUACGUGAAAGCUGGGACGAUGCGCGGGACAACGGGUUCGUUGACGUGGGACCUGUACGACUCGAACCCUCGCGCCAACUUUGUGAAGGCGGCGUACGCUGUGUGGUGCGGCAAGCCGGAGAUGGAAAGCGGGGCGCUCAGCCUGCUUCGCAUUGCGUGUGUCACUUUCUGGCAGCUUCUCUCCAAAGGUUUGAGCGAGGACGGCAUUCAACUGCUGCACUUCAACGUAGCCGUCCUCGGGUCGAUGCUAUUGUUUUCCACCACAAUGCGCGCCGUUGUCGUGGAGGGAGUACGCUUCUCGAGCCCUGGACCAGCGGUAUGGACCUCAGCGGAGGCCACAAACACACCCGCCGCGGCAUCGGCAGCUUCCACCGUGUCACCGUUGCCGACGAGCACGACCGCUGCUUCGACGAAAGGCGAUCACAACGGUGGCGCUGCCGAAGCCUUUACAGGGCGUCAGUACUGCUUCCGUGGUGUAUUAAACGGUUCCCACUGUAGUGCGCCGACGUCCUCGUCAUGUGCGAAAAGCCGAGUCGUACCACAUGUUGGCGGUGCAAAGGCUUCGUCUUCGUCGACUGCAAGCACCAUGAGACGUUCAUGGCAGGCGCCAACUCAGGCUUCGGUCGCCGUGAUUGACGCCUGCGUCAGUGGCAACAGCAGUGAUGGCGUAGCAGCACCAGGGGAGGGGAGAUCGGAAAAGGCUGUGACAGAGGCACUUGUGGGGAUGGAAAAGGAGAUCGAGGAGGCAAAGGAGCCCGCCAGAGAAGUGGGAUCGGUAGCACAAGCAGCAGACGAGCAGCCGGCCUCGCCAACACCUCCCACCGCCACAAGUCUCUCGUCGGUUGAAGAUGAGGGGACGCCUGUUGCAUUAGAGGAAGAGACGGAGAUGCCAGCGACGCUGCAAAGUUCGACGUCGAGUGCAAGUGUGUCGAAGCGCGAGGACAAUCAGAAGGAGCAGCGAUCACAGCCAUCUACAGCGUCGUUGACUCAGAUCCCGACAUCGGUAGACUCGGUGGACGAGACUGUGAGGGAGGAGGAUGAGAGGACGCCUCCUCAGCCGGUCAGUGAUCCCGAUGGCAAGAAAACGGAGGCGGCGGCACUCGUGUCUCCAAGGGACGAGAGCGACAUCGACCAGGAUGCGUCGCGAAGCGCAUACCUUGAGGAGAUUGUCAACUGCAAUGCCACAUCUUUCACCUCAACAAUGUGUCGCUCCGACAUGAGCUCCGCCACACUAUCCAGCUUCCACUACGAUCAAGCCGCAUUGCUCACGAGCCGCAGCUCGACGGCUGCAGAGACACCGCUGGAACCUCGUCGCGAACGGCAGGAGCGGGAACACGAAAAGGAUCGGCGACACGAACGAGAGCGCGUCAAGACGCCGGCAUCCACGGGCACCGGUGCCUCGACUACGCCGUUUCCGGCGAUAAAGGCGGAACAGGAGGGCGGUCAUCCGCCGCCGCCGCCGCAGCAGCAACUGCCUCAGCAGCGGGCAUCCAAGCCGUCAGGGGGGAGGAAGAAGUCGACAGACACCGAGACACCGACCGCUGCGUCCUCGGUGCCCGCCCUUCCACUCCCGCGCUCCCGUGCAGAGAACCUAAAGAAGGGUGCGGAGGCUCCGAUGAGGCCCCUGGUGAGCAGCCGCCAGACGCCUGUGACAGAGAGUAAGGAGGUGCUGCGGGUGAAGAACUCAGUAGCGGCCGCUACCAUGCCAGCAGCUUCUGCCGCCAAAGCAGCAAGUUUAACAGAAUCAACGGCAUCAACCGGUGCUAACUCGGCUGCUGCGGGGGUCGGGGUGGGGGCCACGAAGGACAAGGGCAAGGCGGCUAGAGACAAUGGCGAAGGCAAGAAAGCGGACGGCAAGGCGAAGGUGGCUGCCGACAAGAACAGCACGAACAGCAAAGCUGCGACUGAAUCAUCUUCAGGAGACGUAAAAGCGGCGGAGCCGGCUGUCGCUAACGGGCCGGUUCCGUUCCCGCUGCCAGAGCUGCGCCACGAGCACGCGUCAGCGGCCGAGGCUUCAGCCACCGCAACCGCGAAGGCACUGACCGCCGCAGCCAAAGCUGCAGCUGGAGACGCGGCAGGUGGUGAAAAGCGAGGCGGCAACAAAGCCGCCCCAUUCGCCGUGCCGGACAAGGGGGGUGCGGCAACUGCAAAGAAAGCCGCCGCCGCCGCAACAUCAACCCAGAUCUCGGCCUCAGGACCAGCAUCCACGGCGUCGUCGUCACAGCCUGUCGCGAUGGCAUCGGCAGCGCCGUCAUUGCCCUUACCGCGCUCAGUAAAGGCAGCUGAAACUGACGGCACGGCACGGGCUGCUCGGAUAUCACCGACAAGCGGCGAGCAGCCCCAUGAGGUGCCGUUACAGCAGGCCUGGCGCGAUGUGUCAUGGGGAAGCGCAGUUUCACAGGUGACACUAGCUGCCAAGACGGAUGGGUCUGGCCCAGUGUCGGCGAGUGGGCCGAAGCAGGACGUCAAGAGUAAACCCUCGGCAGCGACUGCUGCCGAUGAGGCCGAAGAUUCGGAUGUCAGCUACGAUCUCGACCGUGUACUGAACUUCCUCAGACUAAAAAUAAACUACGCAGCCGGUGUGGACGAUGGUGAUGACGAUGACCAAAGCAGCUCGACGGUGUCAAAUGCUGACUGCCGGCAGAACCCUACGUCCUUUCUGCACUCGGACUCACUGGAGCACUCGACAGCGACACCGAAGCGGCCGCUGUCGAAUGGGACCGAGGUGAAGUGCGGCGUAUCUGCAGCAGGUGACUUGGGAGUUGAUGCGAACGUGUCUCACUUGGUGCCUCAGCGGACUGACGAGGCUGGUGCUGCGCAGGAGUCAUAUGCGCUAGCGCAACCCUCAGGGAACGAGUCAUUGACGAGCACUCCGCAGCGCGUCUCCCAGGCGAUACAAUCAGCAUCCGAGUGGACGACCACGAGUAGAAGUGGCUUCGGUGACUGCAGAGUGGACUCCUUCGCCUGUACAAACCACAACAGCGCCAACUCCAGCGGCAACUGCGCUCUACACGGCCGCAGAUCGUCCGGCUUUCACGUCUUCUCCACUCACCCGAACGCGGCAGUGGCUACGACGGCCGCCGGGAGCUCCUUGUCCCCGCACCCGCGGCCGGUGCAUAUGAGUGUGGCGUCGCAUGCCAGCGAACUGCUUCCCUCUGAGAUGGUGGAGAGCGGCGUGGAAUUGUCGGCAGCUACGCGGCACAUGGACUUUAACGCUGCCAGCUCCUCGUUGGGACACUACCAGCUGGCGCAGAUGGUUGCGCCGCCUUCGCCGCCGUUGGAGUCUCGGCAGUCGUCUUCCUCGCACGUGCCAUUCAGCGUCUCUACCAACAACCCCGGCGGAUCACAGAUGUCGUCGAUGUCGAGCAUCGGACGGGCCAACUCCGACACUGCAGACGAUCGGAGCUCGGUGCUCCCUCGCAUGCGAGUCGCGCCAAAUGGCCGCAUGUCGAUGAGUGACCAGAUGGCAACGCAGAAGACGCAACAGAGCGUUUCUGUUGCUGACACGAUGCAGCAGAUGCAGUUUGCUGCGCCGAGCAUGCAGCAGACGAUGAUGAUGAUGAUGUGCGCACCGGAUGGACAGAUGGCCUUGUACCCGAUGGUGUACAACCAGCCGGUGUACAUGACGGACGCGAACGGGAUGAUGCAACCGGCACAGAGUGUCAAAAUCACUUCACAGCCGCCGGCACAGCAGCAGCAGCAACAGAUUGUAUACGCUGCUGCUGCACCGUCGCCAGGGCAGGCCGUAGAUGUUGCCUACCACAUCGCACCUGACGGUUCGUACAUGAUGACAGCGAUGCCUCAGAUGCCGCAGCAGAUGAUGAGCCGGUAUCAGCAGCAACAAGAACCGUAUCAGUGGUUUUGA